AUGAUAUGACAUUUGACAUUGACAGGUGCAAAAAAGGAUGUACCUACUGAUAUGAUUCGGUGGCCAUGUUGUUGAUAUGCUGAUGAGAAAAAUAUGGCACUUUGGGCUAAAGUACAACAACUUCCACCGGGAAGUUUGCAACAAAUCUACGGUGAUGUCUUUCCAAUCGAAGUAAGACAUUAUCUCGCUCAAUAUAUAGAAGAAAAAUUUUGGUCAGAUAUUGAACCACAACCUGAUAAUCCUCAACAUGAACAAUACAUUGCAGGUUUGAUAGAUUCUUUAAUAACUGAAAUUGAAAACAAAGCAUCAGUUGUUGGUGAUUCAGAAUAUUUUCUAACAAAACUCAAACUUGCUGAAGCAGCUAAACUGUUUAGGGAGAGGUACAGUUCUUGUCCCAUUCAGCUCUUCACCUUGAUUCGUAGUUGCUUAGCUGCAGAAAUGAGGUUAGUUCAAGCUGCAGGUGUUGAUAGUCUGACUGGUUUACCAAAUUUAAUGAUAUCCAAUAGCGGGGCGGAAGUUUUACAAAAAGUGAAUGUAUUACGCAGCAGAACUCAGAGUACUGCUGAAGAUUUGAGAAAAAUGGAACAAGAAUUGGAGUCCUUUGCUUUGCAGUAUCACGAAUGUCAAAAAAUUAGUGCACAUUUGCAACAACUCACGACACAGCCGACUGCUCAACUUCCCUCUAACGUACCGAAACUUCAAAAACAAAAGGAAAUGUUGGAACAAAAUUUGAACCAGAAGUUAGCUGCAUUAUUACAAUUACGUUUAGCUUUGGGCGAAAAACUAAAAGAGACUUAUCAAUUACUUGCUCAACUACAAACGAACGUUUUAGAUGAGGAACUCAUUAAAUGGAAACGUGACCAACAAUUGGCUGGAAAUGGCGCUAAUUUUAAUAGCAAUCUGGAUACUAUACAAGAAUGGUGUGAAAGUCUGGCCGAAUUGAUAUGGUUGAACAGACAACAAACUAAAGAAGUGGAAAGAUUGAAACAACGAGUACCAAUGGUGGAUCCACCUGUUGUUGCUGACGUAUUACCUCAUCUGGUACAAGAAUUUACACAACUACUUUCUACAUUAGUCACAUCAACUUUUAUCAUUGAAAAGCAACCACCUCAAGUAAUGAAAACUAAUACCAGGUUUACAGCAACGGUACGACUUUUGGUAGGAGGUAAACUAAAUGUUCAUAUGACACCACCGCAAGUAAAAGUGACGAUAAUAUCGGAGUCACAGGCGAAUAUGCUUUUAAAAAAUGAUAAAUUGGGCAAAAGUGGUGAAUGUUCUGGGGAAAUUUUAAACAAUACUGGUACAAUGGAAUACCAACAAAGCUCAAGACACCUUUCGGUCAGUUUUAGGAAUAUGCAAUUAAAGAAAAUUAAGAGAGCAGAAAAGAAAGGAACUGAAAGCGUUAUGGACGAAAAAUUUUCCCUGUUAUUUCAAUCACAGUUUAGUGUUGGAGGAGGAGAACUGAUGUUUCAGGUAUGGACGUUGAGCUUGCCAGUGGUGGUUAUUGUUCACGGUAAUCAAGAACCUCACGCUUGGGCUACUGUAACUUGGGAUAAUGCAUUCAGUGAACCUGGUAGAGUUCCAUUUGCAGUUCCUGAAAAAGUACCUUGGAAUAAGGUAGCGGAAACUUUGUCACUUAAAUUCAGGGCAGCUACAGGUCGUGGUCUAACAGAGGACAAUUUGAGGUUUUUAGCCGAAAAAGCUUUUAGGGGUAAUUUCAAUGAAUCGAGUAAUUCGUUGCUAACUUGGGCGCAAUUUUGCAAAGAACCGUUAAGUGAGAGGAAUUUCACAUUUUGGGAAUGGUUUUAUGCUAUUAUGAAGCUCACCAGAGAACAUCUUAGGGGACCUUGGGUAGAUGGUGCCAUAAUGGGAUUUGUAAGAAAAAGACAGGCCGAGGAAAUGUUAACGUCUUGUUUAUGUGGGACUUUCUUAUUAAGAUUUUCCGAUAGUGAAUUAGGAGGUAUUACAAUUGCUUGGAUUUCAGAUACUGGUGAAGUGUUUAGUUUGCAACCUUUCACUUCCAAAGAUUUUGCUAUACGAUCACUUGCCGAUCGUAUAGCGGAUUUAAAUCACUUGGUCUAUUUAUAUCCGGAAAUUUCUAAAGACAUCCCGUUCGGAAAAUACUAUACACCAUAUCAAGAUAAUCCACCUUCCGCAAACAAUGGUUACGUUAGACCACAACUAGUGACGCAAAUACCAGGAUUUACUGGUCUACAUACUUAUCCAAACACACCUCAGCAUAUGUUACAGUCACCAGAUCCUUCUAGAGAUACACCUUCUGUAGCUAGUACUACUUACGCUGGUUCGGUGGCGACUACAGUCAACACACACAUGGGAAACAAUGCGACCGGUAUGGAUUACCUCAACGAGUUGGACGAUCUGAAUGGUCUGGUCAAUUUCGAGCUGAUGAACUAUAAGCAGUGAAAAAACGGACAAACGAAACUUCAUUAUGUUUUUGUUUUGUUUAUUUUUAACAAUCAUCUACUUUAUGUCGAUUUUUAAGGUAGGACGUUUUUGUUUUUUUUUUUAUUUAUUAGGAUGGUCCUUAGAAGUUAUAGUAUAGUAGAAGUAUAUUUUAAAUAAAAUAAAUCACGGUUUUAAAUUGUCGAUUUUUCAAAAAUGAACUUUGAAAUUGUUGCUUUUAUUAUUAUUUAAUAGAAUUUCAUGAAUGGGCUUCAUCGCUAUGAUUUUAGUGAAAAGUUUUAACAAAAAUUUUGUUUCUAUAAUUACCGUGAUCCCCUUUACCUACUAUUUAUUGUGUAGGUAUGUUAUGACCUCCCCUAAAUUCAUUUUUGACAAAAUAUAAUCAUAAUUAGCGUCCAAAAAAUCGUCCUAUAAACCUUUUAGGUAAAUUUCUAAGGACUACAAUUUUUAUGUAUAGUUACAAUAUGUUGUACAUUUUUAUUUUAGCUAGAAAGGUUGAAUAUAACCAGUGUUUAUAUUAAAUAUGGUUAAUAUUUUUUUUAUAUAUAUAUAUGUAUACAUAUUUUACCAUCGCCUUUUUGUGGCGAUUAAUUUGGUAGAUUGUAUUGUACUGAAACGUUUAUUUGUACAAAUUUUCGUACUGGAUGGAAAUUAAAAAAAAAUUACAUGAAAAAAUAACAAAUAUAAUACACAAAAUUUAACCAUAGAGUUCUCAUCUUUGUUGAUUAUUUUGUUUUUUACUAAUUUGAGGUGGCUUUGGUGGAUUUUUCUAAUAUUCAAUUGAUUUUUGGUUAGUAUAUUGAUUUUAUUUUGAUUUUUAUUCACAUUAUAUUUUUUGUGCCAAUAAAUCCAUGUCAGGUGAUAACGAAUUUAUUUUUUUAAUAUGUUUCAAUCAAAAUUGUAUUACAGAAAAAAUUCCAAUCGACUUGAAUUGAUUUUAAUAUAUUUUAGUUAUUUCUAAAUACAUUUUCCCUAAUUUUUUUUAUUCUAUAGAUAUCAUCAACGUUUUAAUAGAAAAUAAUCACAGAGUACUAAAUGGAGAUCAGUUAGCAUACAUCCUACAGAUCUAGUAAUGUUUUUCACUCCUUAAGUUGAUUUUCGAAUGGUUGCACUAAUUUUAUAUUUAUUUUAAUAUUGUUUUAAAUAUUUUUUUCAUAUUUUUUCAAUCGAUAGGUUAAUUUCAUGAGGUUUCUAUUGACCUAAUCUCUGCUGUGCUUUCCAAGGAUUCUAUCAAUUUAUAAUUUGAUUAAUGUUCUCUUCAUUUUUUUUCCAUUGACCUUAUUUUUCAUAAUUGAUUCGAGUUGGUAUUGUUUGAUUCUUAAAUUUGUACUUUCUUAGUAAUUUAAGAGAAUAAAAUUGGUUUUCUAUUAAUUCAAUUCAUUUAUUUUCAAUAUAGUUUGCUUUUCAAUGGAUUUAAGACAAUUUUAACUUAUUUCCAAAUAUUUUCAUCGGUUUUAGCUCUUCUAUUGGUUAACUAGAAAUACUUUCAACAAAAUUUCUUUGAGCUUACAUGUUUUUCAUUGCUUUUAAUAAUUUUUUAUCGCAUUUAAUUGUUAAAUGUUUUAUUAGAUUUGAUUUUCGUUCGAUUUUCAAGUCUCUAUAUUUUCAAUUUUUUCUUUUAUCAAAAUCACUUCUUAUAGUCUAAUUAUGACUUCUAGACUUUUAAUUUUGUGUUUAAAUGAUGUAUUAUUACUAAAAACCAAAAAUAAUUGGUAAAUAUUGACAAUAAAUUGAAUACAUAUCAUUACUGCAACGAUUUUGUCAAUAUCAAAUCGGUAUAUAUCUUCUAAAAGACUUUUUAUCCUUUGAAGUUAUUUACAAUUUACUUCUAAUUCAGUUAUAUUACAGUACAAUCGCCAAAAUGUCGCUAAAGGCAUGCCAUAUAAUGUUUUAACAUUUUUUUUUAUUGAUAAAUUUCAAUUUUCAUAACGUUAAUACAAAACAUAGAUAUAAACAAUAGAUUCUAGUUGAUCUGAAUGAAAUUACAACAAAAACUGAUUUUCAUUGAGUAUUUAACAUCUAAAUUGGAAACUUUUCAAUAACCUUGUGAAAACCUGGCUUACUCUCUAAUCAUAAUAUGAAUGAUUUUAAUAAAAUACAAUUUUUCUUAGCCAAAACCUGUGAAGUUAAGCCACGUAAUGGUUUCCACAUUCUUUUUGUGCAUUGUAACAAUCCCUAUUGUCUUUUUAUUCUAUUAUAACCAUAAUUUUUCCCCAUAUUGACCCCUAUCCUUCGCAUCUUCUUUCCAUUACUCAUUCUUUUCAAGUAUCUAGUUCUUCUAACCCUUUUGAUCUUCUACGUUAAGGAUCCCACUUUAACAUUGACAAGGCAACUAUUCCUUCAAAAAUACUAUACUACUAUACUGAACUAAUUUUUAUAAUUCACUUAUCACUUAACUAACUUUAAUAAUUUAUUUCAAUUUUUCGAUUACUUUCUAUGUUCACUACGACUAUUUAUUAUAAACUAACUAAACUGCACUGCACUAACUCCUUAUAUUUGUCCCAAAAGAAUUCUAAAAGAACAAUGUAAAUAGACCGCCUGCUGUAAUAAAAAGUUAUAUGAAAAACAAACACCUAAUUUUAGAAUUCCACUAAAUCCAUACAGGGCCGGAACCAUUAACACUAGAAACACUAACAUUCAACAAUUAUACUGUGUCUAGUCUUUCGAGUAGGGUAUCAAUCAACAAUUUCAUGUAGUUUCGAAAGAUAAAAAUGUGUAAUUUUUGUUGUAGUACAGUUUACAAUCUAAAUAACGAUCAGUGUUUGUUGUUUUUUCCAUUUGUUGUAUCUAAUUUCAGUACAAAAUAGUGUCAUCAUUUGUUUUUUAAAAAGAUGUGCAAUAUGGAUAUAAUUUCAUCGUUUGAUCAUUGUUCAUGGUGCUUUUUUUAAUAUUGUAGUUUAAGUGAUUUGUAACGAUUCAAUUUUGUUCCAAAUUAAUUUUUUUUUUGAAAAAUUGUGCAAUUCUAUAUUUUUAGACGGACAUAUUUUAUGCUUUUGAUGCACUUUUUAUAAGAGUUUUAGACAAUCGAAAAUGUUAAUAAAUUCUAUAUAUGAUAAACUAUCAUCAUUGUCAAAAAAAAACUUGUAGAUAUAAAGUUACCCUUAUAUUUUCAGUAAACUUGUUAUGUAGUAUUUUAUGCUCAUCUUUCUAAUUCCUUUUUUAAAUUUUGUUUUACACCGAUUUUCCUAUAUGUACUUAUUGCGAUCCCCUCGUUUUUUUGGCUUUCGAAAAUGAAAUGAAAAAACUUACUACCCCACAGAGUACACUCCAACCCCUGGGGAUUGCAGAGAUAUGAACAUAGUUUCUUCACAAUGUUUUCCGUUACAUUUAAUCCAGAAUGUUUUAAUCGUAAACCCAUGUGGAAAAGAUUUUCAGCGUUGGGGUAAACAAUGAAAAAAUAAAACAUUAAAUAUGCAAGGAAAAGCUCAUACUAAUGUACAUGGAGCGAAACAGGUGGUAAUUCAAAAUUUUCUUGGAGAGAGGACAAUGGAAAGUACAUUUAAAUGGAUGUAGUUUGAUUACGGUUUGCUACCAUUGGGAAUUAAAGAAAAUCGAUAUGGGAAGCUGACAAAUGGAAACUGUCAAUUUUUUUACCAGAGAAAAUUUAUGAAAAUUGAUUUGGGAAGUGAAUAAAUGACAAUUUAUGGUUUUGUUUAAUCAGAUUGAUAUGUGAAAGUAACUAGUGGAAAUAUCAAUUUUUCUUUUGUCAGAAAUUGAUAUGGAGAGUGGGAUAAUAAAAAAGCUUUUGCGAAUGGUUACGGGAACAGAAUAGUUGGUCAUUCAGUUAUUUAUCUCAAUGGCAGUUUAUGAAAAUGAGUUUAGAAAGUAUUACAUUGAAGUAAAAUCAAAGAGUCCACCAGAGAUAUUAAGAUUUGAUUAUUCGUCAGAAGGACGCUUCAAAAACGCGAUAGAUACUCGUAGUUGUAAUCUUUGUUGCUUUGAAAAUUCCGUUCAACGUUCAUUUUGACCCACUUCUUGACAUGGCCUCCACCGCAAUGAUUGUAGAACUUCCAAAAGAGUAUAUUGGCCAAAAUUAUGGCUGUAACUGAAGCAAUUACAAUCUUUGUUCAUUGUUUAAUGCAUCUAAACCACAACCAAAGCAACAACACAUUACCAUAACAGCUUUUAAAACAAAACAUGUCUAGUGGCGCCAUCUAUAUUCAUUUUUACGAAAAUGUUUUAACAGCUGAAAUUUUCUUUAUUUUUUAUUUCAGAUCUAUAGUUUACCACUUUUUUUAGGUUAGAAAUUCCUUUCUUAUUUACUAUUUAUAGUUUAGUUAUUUUUAGAUCACACUAUGUAUAAAUACAACCAUCAAAAGAAAUCUAUAAUCGAUUCUGACAAUGAGAUAGUUUAUAUACAAAGUGAUCCAUAAUUAUGUACAUUAAUUUCUACGUAGUACUUUUUGAGCACUUUUUUAUAGUGAAAAAUAAGGAAGAUACAUACAACCCUUCGAACUCACAAUGCAUUUAAACCCAUAUGAAUUCAGGGAUGUUUUUAACGGUCAAAUGUAGAUUGUUAAAUUUUUAUUACAGUAAAAUAUAUUUUUGAAAAAAAAACUGAAUUAUUAAUGAAACUUUUUUAUAAAUAAUUGAAAUUUAAAAAAAAUGUCAUGUAAAUAAUUAUUCAACCUUAUAAACAAGAUUUUUUUCAUAUUUAAUGAGUGGUGACAUGAAAUUAAAUUAUGUAUUAUGAUAAUCAUAAAAAAUAAGGCUCUAAAUUUAUCCUUUCAAAGGAUUAUUCAGUUUCAAAAAAAAGUGUUAAUUGUGGAAAUAAAUUUACAUAAUAUUGUACCACAUGGUAUAUCAAAAAAAAAUCUAUAUCUGUUCACGUUUUUUAUUAAAAUGUGCCUCUCUUAGAUCAAUUAUUUCUAUUUUCUAAAUGUGAUAAUGGAAAAAAAAACCCCGUGCGUAUACGAAAAAAAUCAAACGACUUUUUGGCGUUUAAAAAAAAAUUGAUAUCGUUUGGUUUCUUUUUAAUAAAUUUAUAUUAAUUUGUGAAGGAUUUAAAAGAAAAUCAUAAAGAUAAUGAAUUAUUUAUUUGAGAUAUACAGUGAGGAUCACUAAAAAAUUGAUCGGUAGGGGCGUCGCGGAUUAAUGAGAUCUCACUAUAUAUUUGAAAAAAAAAUGUCCAGAUUAUGUACAAAAAAAAGAAAAAAAUUGGAGCUGGGAAUAAUUACAUAUUUUUGUUUUAUUUAAACAUAUUUAUAUUAAAUUUCAUUUAUUUUAAAACCUGAAAUUCAACAAUACAAUUAUUUUCUUCUUUUUUAUUAUAAUUAAACGAUUUCUAUAUAUACAGUGUGUCAACGACUAGGCGAAUCGUCUUUUAUAACAUAAAAAAAUUAACUUUGCUGUGAGUCCCCAUUAGGAUCGUGUACCAUAAAUUUCAACUUAUACAACAAUAAAUCAAAGUCAGUGAAUGAACAACGUACAUUUUCUUUGGAAAUCAAAGUUCUGUAUUUAAAUGAUGUACAGUUGAAUAAUUUUUUUUAAAAUUUUCAAAAACUAAUUUUGUCUUCAAACAACCAGGAUGUUUAUAGCAGUGGUUUGACCUAAUCGAGUGCACAGUUUUUGUAAUUAUAACCAGUUUUGUGAUAUAAAAUAUCUAGUGAUAUAUAUAUAAAACGAAAGAAAGGGAAUUACUCAAAAUUGUGAUUGUUAAGGGUGGUUCUACUGAAUACAUCGGAUUAUCGUUACGCCUCUUGUCCUUCGUGAAUGAAAAACUGAAAAAUUGCGAACCGAACACGUUUUCUUUCGGCGUUAACAUGAUACAAUAUUCAAUAACAAAAAAUAUUCUUCUUCAGAACUAUUUAAUUAAAAACUAUACUAAACAGCUGAAUAUUCAAACUAGAUGCGUUCGCACCAUUUGGUACGAGCAAUGUUCGUAUGAAUUCGUUCCCAGUCGACAAGAGGCUUUAUUGCGCUACUUUAAUAUUGCAAAAAAAUAUUUGUUUAGAGGAUUUUUGAGGCGACUAUAACUUUUUGUCACCUUGAGCAUUUUAAUCUACAAAUUACUGAUCGUUUGCUCACAUAAAUAUCAAGGUGCCUGCAGGAUAUUGUCCCGAGGAAGGGGCAACUAGGUAUACAGUUUUGAGGGUUCCAAAAGCUUUUCAUAAUAAAUGCAGAUUUAUUUUGGAAUUAAAAAAUUGAUUUUUUUUUUAUAUUUCUGAAUUUUGGUCACUUCAUGUUCGGCGGGCGCCCUUGCAACUCCCCAUUUAGCUGAAAUUUGUUUUUGCAUAUCUUUUUGAAAAAUUACUUAUAAUAUAGUUAGUUUGAAAUAGAUUAGAUUUUUUCUGUGUAAAAAAUUUCUAAGCCAAACUUUUUCUCAAUUCUAUGCAAAGCUCAAAAAAUGUUUUUUGAAAAUUUUUGAAAAACUAGAACCACCCAUGUAGAUAUUUAAAAAAAUAAAUCCCCCAAAUACAAACUAUUUUUAAUAAUAGAUUUUGGGUAUAUCAUAUAUAUACGAUCACUAUAAUACAGUGUUAAUCAAAAAUACAAUUAGCAAAUCUUAUUGGCAAUUAUUUUCUUUUAAAUAUAGAUAUAAGUGAAAAAAAUAAAUGAAACAUAUCAAUUAGUACGAGUACCAAUUGUUACAAAUAUAUAUUUGCGUACGUGGUUAUUACUAAUGAUAUUCGAUACGUCAAAUGGGUUACCAGGUACCAACAUGACUACCUACACACCCUAUAAACUAGUGUAAAAAGUUCAAACUAAUUUAUAGCAAAAUUAAUUUUUUCUUUUGGAAAAUAAUAUUUGGCAGAGAUAAGACGUUUGUUCUUGGUAGCUGUACUAGUUUAGGAAGUGUACACUAGAGCGUUCUUUGUUACAGAACCAGCGAUAGUGUCGCUGUUCUUAGUAGCAGUGCAAGAGAACUAGUUCACACUGUACUGCAUGUAUUCGGUUUAGAAUCAGUUCAGGCAGCCAAAUAUCAAAAAGUACUAAAUCGUUUUCCAUUAUUGUUAGUACUACAAUCACUUAAUUACAACAAAUGCUCUAUUGCUCUCUGCACUAUAUCGUUCCUUGUAUCCGAUCGAACUAAUUCUAAAUACUCAUUAAGUGGCUUGCACUGGUCCAGUUCAGUACAGUUACCAAGAACAAACCUAAGUACAACCGCGAUAUAUGAAGGUACUAUAAACAUGUAGGAAUGUGAAAUCAGAUGGCAAAAAAGAUCCCAGAACUCGAGUCAACCUAUAAGAGAACACGGUAACUUUGUACUUUACAAGCAAGCACGGAGUUAUACAUCGGGGACGGUUGUAAAAAAAAACGAAAGGCCACUCGACUUAAAUAUUUUCUUGCCGAAGUGAUUGGAAAUGGUUUAUGUACCUUAGAUACAUUAUGAGCUCUCAACCGCGACAACCAGAGUAUUCGACUAUCGAAUUUCCCUUAGAACUGGUUUAGACGAAGAAAAAUACACGAUGAGGACCUGUUGGAAUGAUAGGGCAUGGCGGAAUAUCUAUUCGUGGACUUAGUCUCGUUGUUCUACAUCACUUUGGUAUCUAGCUCCUUCGUCUCAUCAUCCGUAUUUUUGAACAGCACAUCUACAUAGUCGAAGGACUCUACUUUUCCCCCUUUCCGUUCUGGAAAGUCUGUUUUCCACUUGGUUCUUCCAUUAUCGUUGCAUUAGUCUUUUGGGCCAUUUACCCCGAGUUCGAAUCUUUUUGAUUCCUUUCCCAGGAUCUUUUCCCGACAUCAUUUAGAUUAUAAUUACACAAUAAACAACAAUUUACGCUCAAUUUCAAUACAUAUAAACGUAUCAGAUACUACUAUCAACUUGUUUAUUUAAGCUUAAUAAUAAACAAUUCACGUUUUAUUUAAUUAUACACCUUAUUUGUUUAAGUAAAUUCCUAAAUAUAUAAUAACUUACUUUUAAUUGUUUAGUACUAUUACGAACAUAAUUUUUUUUAUUAACCUUGUCCUCGCGUUACUUCAUAUUGGUCAUUUUGACCUUCGGGGUUGAUAACGACCACAAUUUGACAACGCCGCAUCACUUUCGUAUUCAACAAUUACAAACUAUAACAAUCUUUACCGUUCGAAAGACGUUAACAAAAUGAAAUCUUUCCUAACAGGUUAUGGAGUACAUCGAUCUCGCGGUUGUACUUAUUAUCACCAAAUAGUAUAAUGUACUAUCCGCACAAACAUGUGAAUUAUGAAAUUAAAGAAUAACUCUGUAUUAUAAAGAUUUAAAAGAUGUUUUCUUUGUUCGCUUCUUCAUGUUUGUUCUUAGUAUAGUGUGUUAUAAUUCGAACGUUGCAAUAUCUUUAGCGGAUACAAUCAAUUAUGUUUUAAUUGGCAAUAAAAUGAUCACACGGAA